CUGUGCCCAGCCCACGAGUGCUCGAGCGAACUCCCACUCCCUCAACCCUUCUCCCUCUUCUCGAGAGAUCGAGAGAGAUCGAGAGAGACAGAGAGAGAGAGGAGGUGGCCGAGGAGGAGGAGGAGGAGGAGGAGGCCUAAGCCAAUGCUGCGAUCGCCCUGCCGGAGGAGACUCCGCCGCAGCACCGCCGCCGCCGCGGCAGCCGCCGUUAUAUGGGGGGAGGGGCUCUCGUGGACGGGUUGCGCCGCUGGUUCCAACGCCGCUCCCAGAACCCCCGCGCCGCCGCCUCCUACGCCUCGUCACUGAGCUCCGAUCGCGACCCCGCUGCCCUCGCCGGCGUCGACGACGACGGAGACGCAGCGCCGGCGGAGAGCGAGGGCGAGGGCGAGAUCGAGGUAGUCGAGGACUUGGAUCUCAUCGGCCUCAGGAUCAUCCGCGUCCCCAAGCGAAAGAUGGCCCCGAUCGACCCCCACAAGAAGAGCAUGCUUGACUCGGAGUUCUUCACGGAGUAUGGCGAAGCAAGCCGGUACCAAAUCCAAGAGGUCAUCGGGAAGGGAAGCUAUGGGGUGGUGGGUGCUGCAGUUGACACCCACACGGGGGAGAGAGUUGCGAUUAAGAAGAUCAAUGAUGUCUUCGAACAUGUUUCUGAUGCCACCCGCAUAUUAAGAGAGAUCAAGCUCCUCCGCCUCCUUCGUCACCCUGAUGUAGUGGAGAUAAAGCAUAUUAUGCUUCCUCCUUCUCGAAGAGAAUUCAAGGAUAUAUACGUGGUUUUCGAGCUAAUGGAAUCAGAUCUUCAUCAAGUGAUCAAGGCAAAUGACGAUCUUACCCACGAGCAUUACCAGUUUUUUCUAUACCAACUUCUUCGGGGCUUAAAGUACAUCCAUACAGCUAAUGUGUUUCAUCGAGAUCUGAAGCCCAAGAAUAUACUAGCCAAUGCGGAUUGCAAACUGAAGAUCUGUGAUUUUGGGCUUGCCCGUGUGGCAUUUAAUGAUGCUCCGUCAGCUAUUUUUUGGACUGAUUAUGUGGCAACGAGGUGGUACCGAGCCCCUGAAUUAUGUGGCUCCUUCUUCUCCAAAUAUACCCCUGCAAUUGACAUAUGGAGCAUAGGAUGCAUAUUUGCCGAGAUGCUAACUGGCAAACCGCUAUUUCCCGGGAAGAACGUCGUCCAUCAAUUGGACUUGAUGACUGAUCUCCUUGGAACUCCGUCAUUUGAAACCAUAUCAAGGAUUCGAAAUGAAAAGGCUAGAAGAUAUUUGAGCAGCAUGAGGAAGAAACCUCCUGUUCCUUUCUCGCACAAGUUCCCUCAUGUUGAUCCACCGGCUCUCCGGUUACUUGAGCAGCUACUUGCAUUUGAUCCAAAAUAUCGGCCUAGUGCUGAGCAGGCUUUAGCUGACCCAUAUUUCGGAGGGCUUGCUAGUUUAGAUCGCGAGCCAUCAACGCAACCUAUUUCGAAACUUGAGUUUGAGUUUGAAAGAAAGAAAUUGACAAAAGAUGAUGUUAGGGAAUCGAUAUAUCGAGAGAUUUUAGAGUAUCAUCCCCAGAUGCUUCAGGAGUAUCUUCGUGGUGGGGACCAGACCAGCUUCAUGUAUCCCAGUGGGGUUGACCGUUUUAAGCGGCAAUUUGCGCAUCUUGAAGAGCACUCUGGCACAGGUGAAAGAAGUACUCCACUCCAGCGAAAGUAUGCCUCUUUGCCAAGGGAAAGAGUUUGCACACCGAAAAAGGAAGCCGCUGAUCAGAAUAAUGAUUAUGAGAAGAGAAACACAGCUUCAGUUGCUCGAUCUGCCCUCGAAAGCCCUUCGAGGGUGGUGCUACAGGGCGAGGGUAACGAGCAUGCUACCACUGUUGAGAAUGGCGAGAGCUUGUCGAACUAUACACCCCGGAGCUUCCUGAAGAGUGAGAGCAUAAGUGCUUCCAAGUGUGUAGCUGUUAAUGGGAAAAGUGAUACAGAGCAAAAUUCAGCCGAUGAGCACGCAGAUGAGGCGGUUGAUGGGUUGUCAGAUAAGGUGGCUGAAUUAUAGGCAUGAAGCUAUGUGAUGUAACGAAAUCAUACCAUCAGAUUACUUGUUUAACCGCGAUGGACACUUAGAGCUUUGAUUUCACUCUCGUCGGUUGUUUCUGUUGUAAUUUUAGUGGGAUGCUCAAACAGAAGAUUGUCAUAGCUGUUGAUGAUCUUUGAUCCUCUUUCAUACAAGUCUCUCUGAUUUUUGUUAUUUAUACUCCCAAACCUACACUGUCGUCGAACCAUUACAGCAGUUGUAAACUCUGUUCUCCUUGUUGUAACUUAAUUAUCAGUCCCUUCGUGGGUUUCAACACUUCGCCGAUGGAUUAUUGUUUCAUAUAAAGGAUUAUUUGCUCUUUUUUCUGUUGAA